GCGACACUCCACAACCACAUCUGGGUUUAUUUGUGAACAUCAGCUGUUGGAAGUUACUGGGGUUUUUCUCAGGACCCGUUUGGAAGUGGGACCCACCGGAUCCACUGGCUGCUCCACUACACGGAGGUCUGAUAGGAGGAGGUGGAGGAGGAGGCUGCAGCAGCUGGUGGUGGUGUUGUUGUUUGUGAGGACACACAACACAACACAACCCAACACAACCCAGCGGUGCUGAGGGACCGGAGCAGCACUGACGCAGCAGCUCUCUCUCUCAUCCCCGCGGACAGGUGAUGCUCGCCGGGAGGACGCGUCUUCACCACGGGGGGUCGAACCGGGAAAUAACACAAUAAUAAUAAUAUUUCCUCCUGGUUAUGGAUUCUAACACACAACCCCGACGCCAACUUCUCCGGUCUGCCAUGCUGAUUUCCCCGUGCGUCACUGCGCCCUAGGAUCCACACACCGGGUCUCGAUCCGCAGGACGACCGGUCUGGGACUCGUCUUUUCCGGGGAAGAGGAGGAGGUUGCUGUUGUCUCCCGGGAUCCAACAAGGAACCAUGUCCAAGACGCUGAAGAAGAAGAAGCACUGGUCCGGCAAAGUGCAGGAGUGCACGGUGUCGUGGGGGGGCUCCGGGGAGCUGGUCUCCGUGGUGGAGGUGCGUGGCGGCGCGGAGCUGGGACACUUCCCGCACCUCGGACACGUCGCUGCGGAGGCGCUGGUGUGUCUCUCCGGGAGGAGUCCGGUCACCGGGGACGUGCUGCUGGAGGUCAACGGGACCCCGGUCAGCGGACUCACACACCGGGACACGCUGGCUGUCGUCCGGCACUUCCGGGAGCCGAUCCGCCUGAAGACGGUGAAACCAGGUAAAGUGUUGAAUACUGAUUUGCGUCACUACCUCAGUCUGCAGUUUCAGAAGGGCUCCCUGGACCACAAGCUCCAGCAGGUGAUCAGGGACAACCUGUACCUGCGCACCAUCCCCUGUACCACUCGGCAGCCCAGAGAGGGGGAGGUUCCUGGUGUGGACUACAAUUUCAUCAGUGUGGGGGAGUUCCGCGAGCUGGAGGAGAGUGGACUGCUGCUGGAGAGCGGCACCUACGAUGGAAACUUCUACGGGACCCCGAAGCCCCCUGCGGAGCCCAGCCCCGUGCAGCCCGACCUGGUGGACCAGGUUCUGUUCGACGAGGAGUUCGACACGGAGGUCCAGCGGAAACGCACGACCUCCGUCAGUAAGAUGGACAGAAAGGACAGCGCGGCCCCAGAGGAGGAAGAGGAGGAAGAGAGGUCUCCUGUGGUCAACGGCCUGGCUGAGCACAAGGACAAGGCGGAGUGGAGGAAGUCGGUGCCCAGCUACAACCAGUCGGCGGGCGCCAUGGACAUGCGUGUGUGGAACACGCAGGAUGAGAGUCAGGAGCCCUUGCCUAAAAACAUGGAGAUGGCCUACACAGAGACGGGCAUGGUGUAUUUCAUAGAUCACAACAGCAAGACCACAACCUGGCUGGACCCUCGGCUCGCCAAGAGAGCCAAGCCUCCAGAGAAGUGCGAGGAAGGAGAGCUGCCCUAUGGCUGGGAGAAGAUUGAGGACCCCCAGUACGGAACCUACUACGUGGACCACAUCAACCAGAAGACCCAGUUUGAGAACCCAGUGAUGGAAGCAAAGAUGAAGUUGAGUGUGGACACGCCCAUCGCCGUCCCGACGCCGGCAGCCACACCCUCAGCAGAGGAGCCUGUUCGAGGAGUGAGGGGCUUCACACGAGAUCCAGCUCAGCUCCAGGGGUCCAUCCUGCAGACGGCGCUGAGGAAGAGUCCUCAAGGCUUCGGGUUCACCAUCAUCGGAGGAGACCGGCCCGAUGAGUUCCUCCAGGUCAAAAACGUCCUUGCGGAGGGGCCGGCUGCACACGACAACAGGAUCGCCUCAGGUGACGUGAUCGUGGACAUCAACGGCUCCUGCGUGCUGGGGAAGACUCAUGCUGAUGUGGUGCAGAUGUUCCAGUCCAUCCCCAUCAACCAGUAUGUGGACCUGGUCCUGUGCCGGGGUUACCCGCUGCCCGAGGACUCCAGCACCAGCGACGACGCCUCGGGAGGCCCCGCCCACUCCAAGGACGCCUCCCCGUCCCCCUCCACGCCGCAGGACCCUCACUACACCGUCCCAGACGGGGGGACCCUGUCCCGGCAGUCUGCUGCGGUGGCGCCCAUGACCAAUGGAGGCCGCCACCAUCACCACCCCCACCACCACCACCACCACCACCACCACCUCCCUCAGGACGGCCCCGACCCCACCAUGCUGCAGCCGGAGCUGGUGAGCGUGCCGCUGGUGAAAGGCCCCGGGGGGUUCGGCUUCGCCAUCGCCGACUGCCCGCUGGGCCAGAAGGUGAAGAUGAUCCUGGACGCCCAGUGGUGCCGCGGCUUGUUGAAGGGCGACGUCAUCAAGGAGAUCAACCGACAGAACGUCCAGACGCUGAGCCACUCGCAGGUGGUGGACAUCCUGAAGGACCUGGCCGUGGGCAGCGAGGUCAACGUGCUGGUGCUGCGAGGAGGUCAGACGUCUCCUGUGAAAUCCCUGAAACCGUGCACGGCUCCCAUGUCCCAGCCCACCCCUCCAACCACUUCCCAUGCCGCUCCCCAGCCGCUGCCCCACCCGACCUCUCAGCAGCCCACACCCCAGCCCCCGUGGCAGGAGAUGAUCAGCAGCACGGAGACCCUCAAUCAGCCGGAGAUGCCCCCCAACCCGCUCUCCUUCCCCCCCAGCGCCGUGCGCUCGGCUUCACCCAAACCGGACGCGUCGGAGCUCUACAUCAAGUCCAGGGCCUUGUUGGACAGCAAGCCUCUCAACACCAAGGACCUGGACGUGUUCAUCAAACGGAACCAGGAGUCGGGCUUUGGCUUCAGAGUGCUCGGCGGCGAGGGGCCGGACCAGCCGGUUUACAUCGGUGCCAUCGUGCCGCUCGGUGCAGCAGAGAAAGACGGGCGCCUGCGGGCCGGGGAUGAGCUGCUCUGCAUCGACGGCGUUCCGGUCAAGGGCAAGUCCCACAAACAGGUUCUGGAGCUGAUGACCAACGCCGCCCGCAACGGCCAAGUCCUGCUCACGGUCCGCAGGAAACUGGUCCAGUCUGAUGGAGGUGGCGAGGAGGAGGGGGGGGGUCCGCAGCCCCACCACGUCGCAGCCGCGCUGGUCAACGACUCUCCCAAGAUGCCCGGCGGCGAGGUGCCAGGCGGCGUCCAGCAGGCGGCGUCCUCCCGGCCCGAGUGCUUUGACGUCUUUCUGCAGCGGAAAGACAACGAGGGCUUCGGCUUCGUCAUCCUCACGUCGAAGAACAAGCCCCCCCCUGGAGUUAUACCUCACAAGAUCGGCCGGAUCAUCGAGGGCAGCCCGACCGACCGCAUCGGUCAGAUGAAGGUCGGCGACCGCAUCUCCGCCGUCAACGGGCGCUCCAUCAUGGAGCUGUCGCACAACGACAUCGUGCAGCUCAUCAAGGACGCCGGGAACUCUGUCACGCUCACUGUGGUGCCUGAAGAUGACAGCGCUCCUCCAUCUGGAACAAACUCAGCCAGGCAGAGCCCGUCGGCACAACACAGAGCCGUGGGCCAGCAGCCUCCCAGCUACCCAGAGAGGAACGGUGAGAGUGAGAUGAAGAACUCGUUCUCCCAGAGAGAGAUGGGUGCACUCAUCACAUCAGGCCCUAAGCAGGGCUGUUUCGUGGUGGAGUUGGAUCGCAGCCAGCGCGGCUUCGGCUUCAGUCUGCGAGGAGGCAAAGAGUACAACAUGGGCCUGUUCAUCCUGCGCCUGGCCGAGGAGGGACCUGCUCUGAAGGACGGACGGAUACAUGUCGGAGAUCAGAUCGUGGAGAUCAACGGCGAGGCCACGCAGGGCAUCACACACACUCGGGCCAUCGAGCUGAUCCAGGCCGGAGGCAGCAAAGUUCAUCUGCUGCUCCGACCCGGCCAGGGCCUGGUCCCGGAUCACAGUGCAAAGGACAAAGUAACCAUUCCAACCUCAAGCUUUCCCAGAUUCGCUGUAUCUGAAGGACAGUCGUCUCCAGCCUCUCCAUCCUCCGUCUUCUUCUCUACCUCGGAGCUGUCCCCGUCUUCCCCCAAAAUACCCGUCACCGAGGAGUUCUCUGGGUUGGACCUCAGGGCGUCCGGGUCCCCGGGCGCCGGUCAGGAGCACGGCAGGCAGGCGAACAGAUCCAGAGGACAGCAGCCUCCUGCCCACGACCAUAAGCGCACCACCAGCCCCAGCACGCCCGGCUCCAGAAAGACCAGCAGGGCCGACUCCAAGUCUGCAAGUCCCAAACGAGCCAGUGAAGGCUUGAGAGAUCGAGCAGAGCGCUCCCAGAGCCCGAGGAAGACCGAGCGAGGCCACAGCGGAUCCUUGGAAGACAUGAGCAGGGAGAAAAAAUCCCCGGGGCAGAGAGACCACUACUCCACUGGGACCAGGAAGAGCUCCAAGAGGGAACAUGACCCUGCUGUGCCUGUGAAGAACCUGGAGGAGCCCCACAGCCCCCGGCGUCCAGCUGGUCAGCAGCCCAGCGUUCCAUCCGCAGAGGGCAAGGACCGGCGCUACAAGGAGGAGGAAGCACCUCACCGGCAGGAGAGGGCGACCACGGAGAGCGGAGACAAAGGCUGGGCGACCGCCGAGCGCCACAAGAAGGGCAAGAGGGCCGAGCAAGAAGCAGCGGCACAAAAGUCUUACUCCCAAAUGCACAGGGAGAGGGCGGGGUCAGACGCCGACAUGGACACCCUGAGCCGAAAGAGCGGGAGAGAGAAGGGGGACACGCAACCCCGGGAGAGCAAGAACCACGGGACCACCGAGGAAGUGACCAGAAAGGACCCCAGAGGUUCCAGCAGUAGCAUCCAGGACCCCAGCUGCAACGGGACCACCGCGAGCAAGAAGGCUCCCAUCACCCCGGGUCCCUGGAAAGUUCCCAGUUCGGCCAAGAUCCAGUCCCGAGGGGACGCAACAUAUGCAGAUGUCUGAAGUCUUUCCAGGACUCUCUGCAUCUAUGAAGAUAAAGCUGAGCCUCUGAACAUCCGGAAAUGAAGGAUUUUUCUUUCUCACGGACGAAGCAGAUCACUGUGUAACCAGCAACAUAGCUUCUCGUUGCUUGUCUGUUCUUUUGUGUUUUUUUCUUUCACCCAGUUUGCCUCGGUUGGUUUGCAUCAAAGCUGCUGACGUCCGAUCCGACACACGUGCUCGCUCGCAGCCACCUUUGCAUCAGAUGGCGUCAGAGCCGAUGUUUUGAAUGCGACACUGAAGUCUAUUUUGUGCCAAUCACAGACUCCGGUUAGAAGCAGCUGCUCCGCGUUGCACUCGACCGCACGAGCAGCUCCGCCCGUCUGCUCACAGACACGAAGGAUCCUGGGUUUAUGGGGUUUCAUUUGUUUUAGUUUUUGUCACUUUUAGAGGUUUAAGGCACAUUCCUACAAUCCCUCAGCUUCUCUUCCUGGCAGGACUGAGUCACUGUGGCUGUCACUGAUGGAUGUAGUAAAACAAAUGAGGCUGGUGGGUUUCUCUUAAAAUUGGCAGCAAAGGGUUGACGGAGUGUCUUCUAAGUCAUUUACGGCCUGUUCUUUGAGAGUGUGUGAGUGCGUCUGUGUGUGUGUGUGUGUGUGUGUGUGUGUGUGUGUAUGACUGUAUUCACUCUGAAACACUCUGAUCCCACUAGCGUACCAGAGGGUGGACAGACCGCCCCGGAGCUUUAUAUGCAUCAAUCAGCAGACCAGAUACUUGUGGUUCUAGUUCUAAUGUUUGUCACACGUGUGUUGAUAAUAAAAAAAGCAUAAUGUAAUUUAUUGAAGUUAUAUAUAUGUAAACACAACUGUCAGUGCACAUAUCCCGCGCCGUCAUUUCACUUUCGAUGUGGAUUCAAAGUGCAGAAAUAGAAUGUGUGAAUAAGCGUCACCAUCUGAAAUUGUUACAGCAUUCGAAAUCUAUGCAUUCUAUUUCUAGGAGUUCACGGCCCCGAGUCAUGUUGUCGUCUACUGUUUGCAGCUCUGUAUUUUUAGGUCUAUGUGUGUGUACGUAUACAAGCUGACUGGUAGGCCUGUGUGUUUUGGACAUUCGCUGUAGCAUCGACUAUACUUAAUCAGAAGCAUAUAUUAUUAUUUAACAAAAGCGAUGACACGUAUAUUGAUAUAAUUUAGACGAGUUGAAUUGUAUGUGAGUCGACUCGCUGAAAACUGAGAUAUUUUUAUUGUGGGCACAAACGACGUGUUGUUAUCUCCUCACUCUAACCUCCAAAUCUAUUUUUGAUCUAUUUUUUUAUUUAGUACGUGACCAUCAAAUGUGAGAAGGAAGAAAGAAAGAAUAGCAUGUGCUUUAUAUAUAUUUUUUUUUGCUUAGCUGUUAAUUAUUAACAACACCACGGCUGUCACUUUUGUGUUAUAAAUAAAACCAGGCUCCCAAAAAAGAAUGCAGUUAAUUUACCACACGUGGAGGGAGGGAGGGAGUUGGUGGUUGUGGGAAAAAAAACGAUUUCCAUUUGAAGUUUAUCAAAUUUAAUUAAACAGGGACGAAAAAAAUCUAUUUUUUAUUUAUUAGAAUCAGCUGCUCCCUGAUCUGAAAAUAAAAUGUAGUGUAGUUCAUAACGGCGGAGUACAGCGACAUCUAGUGGUUCAAACCUGUGGCGUCAUCGGCGUGCCUGUUUUUAAAAGAUGCACAGCAGCAUCUUCUCUGAGGCCGUUUACUAAUUUAUUGUCAUUGUGGAAUGAUGGGCUGCCGUGGGUUUCACCGGUUCGUCACCACGUAGGACACCGUGGCCUUGCAUCGCUCCAACGUAGAAAAACAAAAGAAGUUAUCUUGAUUUUAACAUCAUGGUUAGUUGUAAAUGUUUAUAAAUUGUACAGCACCUGUAUAAAUACUUGCCUUCAUGCAGAAAAAAAUCUAAAACCUCUGUAAAUCGUUUCAUUAUUUUUCUAAGGGAACCGAGAGGAAAAGGAUAUAAAAUGGGUGAAAAUGAAUAAUGUGGUCAUGGCAUUCCGUUCAUGCACUGAUAAAUAAAGGUUUACUGAAUAAACA